AGUCGUUUCGAAGUCAGUUCGUACACAAUACAGAAUGAAUAUUUAUAGACAAAAUUUAAAAUAAUGAACAUUGUGCGAAAGCUGCGCUCGGGCCAGCAGCGGGCAGUCCUCGGGCUUUGGCAGCGUUAUGCCUCGAAGGACCACUCCAAGAAUCCGCCGAAGGACCAGUCUAAGAAUCCGCCGAAAGACCAGGCGAAGAAUCAGUCAAAGGACUGCGGUCAGCUCCAGGCGAGCAGCAUAUGCGGCAAGAGUCCUGGCAAAUCAGGGCAAACAUCCAAGGGCUCAGGUAAAUCAGACAAAGGACCCGACAAGGGAAAAGCCGACGCCAAUCGUAAGAAGAUAACCAUGAUUGAUGGCGACGGCGUCGGCCCGGAGCUGACGAAUGCCGUGCUGGAGGUCUGCUGUGCGGCCAAGGUGCCCAUCGACUGGGACAUCUUCCACGACCAUCGAGCACCCGACAGCGAGGAUGUGGCGCCGCAGCUGCUGGAGUCCCUGUGCCGCAACAAAAUGGGCAUAAGCGGACCCAUCAAGAGCCGCCAGUGGGCGGACAAGCUGCGCAAGGAACUGAACCAGUUCGCGUACGUGUCCGUGUGCCACCACCUGGAAGGGCAGGAGUCGCCGUACGGCAAGUUCGACUGUGUGAUCGUGCGGGACCAGUUCGAGGGGGAGUACUCGGGCAUCGAGCACCGGGUGGUGCCCGGCGUGAUGCAGACCAUUAAGGUGAGCACCUCAGUGGGUGCCACGCGCCUCGCCAAGUUCGUGUUCGACUACGCCCUGAAGCAGAAGCGCAAGAAGAUCACGGUGGCCCACAAGGCAAACAUCAUGCAGCUGACCGACGGCAACUUCCUCGAGGCCAUGCACGAGGAGGCCGACAAGCAUGUGGAGAAGGUGCGCUUCGAGGAGCGCUACCUGGACACGGUCUGCCUCAACAUGCUGAUGAGGCCGGAGAUCAACGACAUCCUUGUGUCGUCCAGCAUGUACGGGGACGUCAUCAGCACCAUUGGCGGCAGCAUGAUGGGCGGCAUCGGCAUGUGCCCUGGCUACGCGGUCAGCCCCAAGGGCCUGCUCUACAACUGCCAAAUCCAGCCGUGCGAGUGCAUGGCCGGCAAGGAUCUGGUCAAUCCCACCGGCCUGCUGCUCGCCACUGUGCUCAUGCUGCGCGAGCUGAAACUCAACGAUCAUGCCACCAGCAUUCAGUGCGCCAUCCAAUCGCUGUACAAGGACUCCGAGCUACGCACUCAGGAUCUGGACGGCAAGGCCAAGUGCUCGCAGUUUGUCCAGGCAUUGUGUGAGAUCCUGACCGGCGAUGCCGACUGAUGUGUACAUUCGAAAUUCGUGUUGAAAAUGAAUAGAUCUUUCGCUCAGUGUACGCAUUAAUAAAGGGGGCAAGUCAUUAUCGAAUUAGAGUGCUCUAUUUAUAAUGUAUUUAUAUGUAUUUAGAGUGCAGAGUGCCAUCGUACGUACUGUGGUUAUAUAUU